CAGUUCUGAGUUCUGAUAGUUCGGACAGUUCUGAGUUCUGAGUUCGGACAGUAGUGAGUUCUGAGUUCGGACCCUGCAGCAGCAUGAACGAGACCGUGGACGUGCACACGAGGAGAAGUGACACCCAUCACAGGGUGUUUGUGAAUAAGAGUGUGACUCUAGAGAACAUCAGGUGUUAUGGCUUUGAUAUGGACUACACUCUCGCUGUUUACAAAUCACCUGAAUAUGAAGCUCUGGGUUUCGAGAUGCUGAGGGACAGGCUGGUGUCUAUCGGUUACCCUCAUGAGCUUCUGCGCUACAACUACGACCCGACGUUUCCCACACGAGGUUUGGUGUCUGAUGCAACCUACGGGAAUCUCCUGAAGGUGGACGCUCAUGGUAACAUCCUGACGUGCACGCAUGGAUUCGUCUACCUCAGAGGAAUAGAGAUCCAUCAGUACUACCCUAACGGAUUCAUUCAGAGAGACAACACGGAGAGAUUCCACAUCCUCAACACACUCUUCAACCUCUCAGAGACGUACCUGUACGCGUGCCUCGUGGACUUCUUCACCAACGGCCCCAGAUACAAGAACUGCCAGAAGGGAUUUAAGCACGGCGACCUGUUCAUGUCCUUCAAGAGCAUGUUUCAGGACUUACGAGAUGCCAUGAAUUUCAUUCACGACACGGGCUGCCUGAAGGAGAAGACGGUUCAGAAUCUGGACAAGUACGUCAUCAAAGACCCUCGUAUCCCCGUCUUACUGACCCGCAUAAAAGAGGUGGCGAAGGUGUUCCUGGCCACCAACAGCGACUACAGCUACACAGAGGCCAUCAUGAAGUAUUUGCUCGACUCGCCACCCACUUCAAAGAGUCCCAGGAGAUCCUGGCGCUCCUUUUUCGACCUGGUGGUGGUGGACACUCGGAAGCCUCUGUUUUUCGCCGAGGGGACGGUGCUGAGACAGGUGGACACGAACACGGGGAAGCUGAGGAUAGGAACCUACACCGGAGACCUGCAGCACGGCACCGUCUACUCCGGAGGUUCUUCAGACAUUAUCUGUGACCUGCUGGACGUUAUGGGGAAGGAUAUUCUGUACGUGGGAGAUCACAUAUUUGGGGACAUUCUGAAGUCUAAGAAGCGUCAGGGCUGGAAAACAUUUCUGGUGGUUCCUGAACUCGCUGAAGAGCUUCAAGUGUGGACUGAAAAACACGGGAUGUUUGAGGAACUGAAGCAGCUCGAUAUUUAUCUCGCUGAGCUCCAUCAACACUUAGAUUUUGGAAGUCCAGGAGGUUCUGAUGUGAACUUAGUUCAGAGUAAAGUGAAGUACGUGACCAAUUCGAUGGAGCUGUGUUAUGGAAAGAUGGGAAGUCUGUUACGCUGUGGUUCCACUAAAACCCUGUUUGCCAGCCAGCUGAUUCGUUACGCUGACCUGUACGCCUCGUCCUGCCUCAACCUGCUCCACUACCCCCUCAGCUACCUGUUCAGAGCCCCCUUCGUCCUGAUGCCACAUGAAUCUGCUAUGGACCCUCACGCUGGAGAGCUGCCCACCACAGAAAUCACAGACAUGCACACCUCCAUCAAGAGGCUGUGCGGCGAUAACUGUGGCCUGGAGCAGUGUGAACAGGACAGGAGUACACAGCCAUAACAGUGUGUGUGUGUGUGUGUGUGUGUGAGAGAGAGAGAGAGAGAGAGAGAGAGAAAGAGAGAGAGAGAAUGUUAUUUGUCUGUAAAUGCUAAAUUGACCGCUCAGGCCAGAAAGCCAAGCCAUAACUGCCUCUCUCCCCUGUUUUAUAUGCCUACGUUACCCACAAUUCCUCUGGUACCUUGUUAUGAACAGUAAACACAACCUAUAGGGUCAAAGUGCAGCUAGUUUCCAAAAUUCUUUAUACAGUGGCCGCUGUUUAAAGAACUGGAGCUCCAGAUCUCAGCAGUAGUGGGUUAGAGUACUUUACCACUGCGCCAAGUAAUAAUAAUAAUGUAGAACAACAUUCAGGACGACGUUCAUCACACUGACCUGUGCAGUAAAUACUGAGUCCUGGACUGUGUUUUAUUGAGAUGUGGUAUUGAAUAUUUAUGUUUUCCUUCCCCGGAUCUAGAGCAGUAGUGAGCUAGAGUACUUUACUGCUGCGUCACAUUAGCUCCCUCCAUUUAUAUAAUAAUAAUCGAAAUAAUAAAAAAGGUGAUGCAGGUGGUAAUAAAACAAAAAGAAACAUGGUUAUGAGAAGUGGUUAUGUUGAUAAAUAUUAGGAUUAGGAUCUGUGAGCUUCAUUAUCACGAAACAUUUAAUUAAUCCCAGUUUUUGGUUCGUUCACAAGCAAAAAUCCUCACUUAUUCACCACAUAGAACAACAUUCAGGAUGAUGUUCAUCACACUGACCUGUGCAGUAAAUACUGAGUCCUGGACUGUGAUUUAUUGAGAUGUAGUAUUGAGUAUUUAUGUUUUCAUUCCCUAGAUCUUAGUAGUAGUGGGCUAGUGUACUUCACUGUUGCUCCAUAUGAGCGUCCUUUGAUCAUUUUUAUGAUAAUAAUAGAACAAUUAUAAUAGAAAAAAAACUAAUAAAGUGACAGUUGGCAAUAAAACAAAAAUAAACCUGAUUAUGUGAAGGAGAUAAAUAGAGAAAUUAGGUUCUGUGAGUUUUAUUAUCAUGAAAUACUUAAUAAAUUCCAGGUUUUGGUGCAUAAUGCAGCGUUCACAAGCAAAAAUCCUCACUUAUUCACUGACCUGUGCAGUGGAUACUGAGUCCUGGACUGUGAUUUAUCGAAUAUGAUUUAUUGAUAUUUGGUUUGUUCAACACAUUUGACCCUUUACGCCUCAUGUGUUACAUUUUGUUGUAUUUCUUUCUUGUAAUUCACUGACAGAGAAAAUAUUUCUUAAUAAUUCUUUUAGGAUUUAGAUGUGUGUGUAUUACAGUAUACAUUAUAAUAAAAGUGCUUUA